AGGAGCACAUGGAAUAUGAAGCUCAGCAGGAGCUCCUCUCGCUCAGUGUGUGUGUCCAGGUGCUGAGAGAGCAGCUCACACAGUCUUAGCAAGGCGUUUGGAUGUUUGCUGUGUCUUCACAUGGAUGCAUCCGGACGGACUGUGCAGUAGGAUUUAUUCUCUAAACUGUGGCAGUGUGGCGUGUAGGAGCACCACAGACAGGACUUCAUCUCCGACCAGGACCCCUGAGGUGGGACAAUCCCAGCUGUGGACUGAGCUUCAGGAGCCACUGAAUUUGGACUCUUGUAGGAUUGUGUGUGUGUGUGUGUGUGUGUGUGUGUGAGUGAGUGAGUGUGGGAUCUGAAACUGUUGAGUCAACGUUUACAUGUAGCGUAAUGUUUAAAUGUGCAUACCUGCAGUUUAUGGCAUGACUGCUUUCAACAGUUUGGACUGUGUGUGUGAGAGCCAGUGAGUGUGUGAGUGUGUGUGUGUGUUGUGGUGUGUGAAUGUGUGAGCAUCAGGAUGAGUGUCCCUAUGUUAAAGAUUGGUGCGGUGCUCAGCACUAUGGCUAUGGUGACUAACUGGAUGUCCCAGACUCUCCCCUCACUGGUUGGACUCAAUGGAACCAUCAUCUCCCCUGAGGGCACACAUGAGAGGAUUGUCAGUGGCUUGUACCCGGGGUCAGAGGAAGGCUGGCAGGUGUACAGCACCGCCUCUGAUCCAGACGGCAGGUGUGUGUGUACAGUGGUCGCCCCGGCACAAAACCUCUGCAAACGAGACCCUCGGAGCCGACAACUACGCCUGCUGACUGAACAGGUCCAGAAUGUGAGUCAGUCCAUGGAGGUGGUAGACCUGCGGACAUCCAGAGACCUGCAGUAUGUCAGAGACUCCGAGCCGCUGCUGAGAGGAGUGGACGGACGCAUACACACUUAUGUUGCAAACCCCCGCUCUCUGACUGUGAAGGGCCUGCAGGAGUUAAAGGGGCAGAUGUCUCAGCUGCGCCCCCUUCUGUCAGUGGUGGAGCAGUACAGGACUGACCUGCAGACGCUGGCGACCCUGCGUGUGGAGCUCCUCAACCUGUCCAUCAUUCUGACAGCCAUUCAGGAGGAGAUAGGCGCGUACGACUACGAGGAACUGCAGCAGAGGGUUUUACUGCUGGAGACCAGGCUGCACGCCUGCAUGAACAAACUGGGCUGUGGUCGUCUGACUGGAGUUAGCAGCCCCAUCACCGUAAGAGCCUCAGGGUCCCGCUUUGGCUCCUGGAUGACUGACGCCAUGAUUCCCAGCUCUGACAGCAGGGUGUGGUCUAUGGAUGGCUACUAUAAGGGCAGGCGUGUGCUGGAGUACAGAACCAUGGGCGAUUUCACCAAGGGGCAGAACUUUGUGCAGCAUCUGUUGCCCCACCCCUGGGCUGGAACCGGACAUGUGGUCUACAACGGUUCUCUCUACUACAACAAGCACCAGAGCAACAUCCUGGUUCAGUACCAUUUCCGUUCCCGCAGCGUGGUGCUCCAGCGCAGCCUGAGUGGAGCCGGCUAUAACAACACGUUCCCGUACAGCUGGGGUGGAUCCUCUGACAUUGACCUCAUGGCUGAUGAGACGGGGCUGUGGGCUGUUUACACCUCCAUCCCGAAUGCUGGAAACAUACUGGUAAGUCGUCUGGACCCUCGCUCACUGGAGGUGCUCCAGAGUUGGGACACGGGGUUUCCUAAGCGCAGUGCAGGGGAAGCCUUCAUGAUCUGCGGCACCCUCUACGUGACCAACUCCCACCUGGCCGGGUCCAAGGUCCACUUCGCUUACCACACUAACUCCUCCACGUACGAGUACACUGACAUCCCCUUCCACAACCAGUACUCCCACAUCAGCAUGAUGGACUACAACCCCAGGGAGCGAGCCCUGUACACCUGGAACAACGGGCACCAGGUCCUCUACAACGUCACACUGUUUCACGUCAUCCGGAGCGAUGGAUAGAUCAGGGGGAGGAGGAGGUGGUAAGAGAGAGAGUUACAGGAGAGGUAGAGGGAUGGUGCAUUGAAAUGGCACGAAUGCUUGGGACGUGGGCAAAUGGAAAGGAUGCACACCCCCACACAUACACAAAAAACAUGCAUAUACACAUAGACUCAAUUGCCAUUCAUGUCAAUGGGAGAGUGAGUUCUGCCUGUGUGUUAAUCUGGGUCUCCUGUGUACUUCUGGAGUAUGUUAGCUCUCCGAGCUAAUUAUUAGACAUAAUAGAUGGUUGUCUAACACAAAUCUAAAGGUCACAGACAAGAGAACUCAUCAUGGUGUGGAUCAAAAUUAAACACCUCUGCUACACUGGGGCGGCGGGAGGGAGGGACGCUGAUGGUUCAAUAGAAGUUAAUGUGCAGUUUGAGCUCAUUUACAUUUCUGUUGUUUUCCAUUCCACUCAUGUCUCGGAAGUGAUGUGGAAGAUGAGGUCAAAUCGUCAAAAAACGCAGCUCACAAACUGAAUUUCAACUCACUUUUAAGCCCCCAGUGGUGUUCAAGUAGUGACGAGUGGACCCCGUGAAGAUGAAGAUGUUCUGGGUUUGUGAUGUGGUCGUGGACGUGUUCAGUCAGCAUGGUUGUUUGUUCAAUAAAUCUUACUGUUAAAAUUU